UUAAUUUUAUGCGUUGUGAAAGAGUUCCCCUCACAUGGCAGCUGUCGCUAGAUCUUGUUUACUGCCUGCUUAGCCACAUGUUAGGGUUUCCUUGUACACUGCCACCUUUUUUUUAUGUUAAUAAACAAUGAAAACUGAACCAACUCGUUCACAAAUGGCGUCGCCGGUACUGUUCUAAAGGUGGUGGUGGAUAGAAAGCAGCAUCAAGAUGAGCAAAAGGGAUGUCAAGGCCCAGUUGGAGGCCCUGAGGGCUGAACUUGAAAGGGUCAAGCUGGAGAAGAAUGCAACAACUGAGGGAGGACAACAGUUUGUGUUUGCCCCAAAGUUGCGGAAAGUGGAAAAGUUCUCAGGAAAGAAAGGUCAAGGUGUAUCUGUAUAUGAAUUCACAGAAGAGAUGACCAGAAUCCUCAAGGCACGGCCUACACCACAGGAAGAACAAGUAGACUUUGUCCUUAGCCAUCUUGAGGGACCUGCGAGAGAAGAGAUGCGAUUCCGCCCGACAGAAGAGAAGAAGAGUCCAGAAGCUGUCCUGGAGAUUCUGAAGGAAGUUUUUGGCGAACGAGCAACUGUGUCUGAAUUGUUGUCUGAGUUCUAUAGCACCAAACAGUCACGCAGUCAGUCUCUACAAGACUUCUCGGUAGAAUUGAUGGGAAAACUGGAGCGGAUCCUUAGGGUAGACAAAUCGCGUGUGAAAGAAAGAGACUCUAUGUUACGGGACCAGUUAGCAGAAAAUGUACAUGAGCCAUGGCUCCGUAGAGAGCUGAAAAGAAUUGUCCGCACAAACGAAAUGAUGACUUUUCAUGAUUUGAGAGAAGAAGCCAUCGUCCUGGCCCAAGAUCAAGAGGAGCCGAAAAAGAAAACAGAAGCCACACUGUAUGCAGAAAAAGCAAAUAAUCAUGAUGAUGAUGUGAAAGAACUCAUCAAGACUCUUAGAAAUGAAAUGAGUGACUUGAGGAAAGAGCUAUCAGACAUAAAAGGAGCACGCUCAAAGACAGUGCAGUGUUACCACUGCAAAGAGAAGGGGCACAUAAAGAGAAAUUGCCCCAAGAAGGGAAACUAGUGGUGCCCACUGCAGAGAGCCGUGCAGUGGGUUCAACAAUUGGCUCGAACAGUUAUAACGUAAUUGCACCUUGUCCAACAGUAGUCAUCACUAUUAGCAAUAUCGACAUUAAAUGUUUAUUAGACACUGGUUCUAUGGUAAGCACUAUCACAGAGUCAUUUUAUGAUAAAUAUUUGUCAACUAUCCCUAUGAUUCAAGAACAAUUUAUAACUCUAAGAGCAGCUAAUGGACUGGAUAUCCCUUAUAUAGGAUAUAUUGAAACUGAUAUAGUGGUGCAUGGACACACAGUGAAAGACCGUGGAAUUCUGAUAGUCAAGGAUGUGAGUGGCAGGGAGGUA